AUGGAGUUUUUAUGUCAGUUUGAAGUGAGAGAUAUCCUAGGAAAGGGUUCCUUCAGUGAAGUCAAACGAUGCAUUGACAAGAGAACAAAGACAGAUUAUGCAGUAAAAGAGCUGCCAUAUAGAAACAAGAAAGAGAAGAGCAAAAUAACUAAUGAAGUUGAGAUUCUUCAGAAACUCGAUCACCAUAAUAUUAUUCGCCUGCACUACAUGUACGCUGGUCAGCAGUCAUACUACUUAGUACUCGAGCAUGCGUCAGGUGGAGACUUGUUGAACGAUAUUGUUUGUCGAAGCAUGUUUUCAGAGCAGACUGCGCGGGAGAUUUCUGUACAGAUUCUGGAUGCAGUACAGUAUCUACACGACAAACACGUUGUUCACAGGAACAUCCGACCUGAAAAGUUUGUAUUAGCCUGGAAGUCUGUUAGCGACCAGCCAUUCCCUCCAAUAAAAUUGACUGGUUUUGGAAUCGCGCGACGACUAACAGAUGAGUGGGACACAGUAAGAUGUCAAGUAGAGGGGUCUCCGCUGUAUCUAGCACCAGAGACUGUCACAGAUCAACCAAUUGGUACCCCUGUUGAUAUAUGGGCGUGUGGAGUUAUACUUUAUAUCCUAUUGGCAGGAUAUCCACCGUUCUGGAGCACUCAACGUCCACAGUUAUUUAAGUUAAUCACAAAUGGCCAAAUACGAUUCCCACAAGCUGAAUUGAAGGGCAUCUCGCCUGAAGCCAUGAGUCGUUUGUCUAAAAUGUUAAAUGUUGAACCAAAAGAACGCAUUACCGCUGACCAGUCGAAGAAAGAAACCUGGAUUGUUUGCGAAAAAUGGCCCUUUAAUGCUAAAAGAAAGCUCAAAGGCGCAGUUUUGACUGUAUUUGCAAUGAAUAGAAUGCAAGAAAGUGGAAGUUCAUAAGAAAUCACAUAUCUCGAAGAUCGACGAUAAAGUAGAGUUUAAAAAUAUGAGAUUGUAAUAUAACAAGUAUUGAUUCUGCAUGAAGUGAAAAGUUGAAUAGAGGUUUUGCGCCAUCACGUGUCCAAGGCCAAUAUAACGGCUUGGGCUGCCUGU